UGUUCAUUGUAUAUGUUACAGAUACUUUAUAAUUGAAAAUGAAGCUUGGCGACUCUGUAGUUAAAAGCUUUCGCGUUGCUAAAGUGUUUCGUGAAAAUACAGAUAGAAUAAACAGCAUUGACUUUUCUGCAAAUGGAGAAAACUUGAUAUCAGCCAGUGACGAUGAUUCAAUUGUGAUAUACGACUGUGCAAAUGAGGGAAAGUCAAAACGAACUCUUAACAGUAAGAAAUAUGGAGUGGACCAUAUAAACUACACGCAUGCUGGUAACACAGUCAUUUACAGCUCAAAUAAAGUUGAUGAUGCGAUUCGAUACCAAUCUUUACACGACAACAAAUACUUGAGAUAUUUUGCCGGCCACACAAAACGAGUUGUGUGCUUAUGCAUGUCGCCAGUGGAUGAUUCAUUCUUGUCCGGAUCUCUGGACAAAACAAUCCGAUUGUGGGAUUUAAGGUCACCAACGUGUCAGGGGAGAAUGCAAAUACCUGGUAGACCGAUUGCUUCAUUUGAUCCGGAAGGUCUUAUAUUUGCAGCUGGUAUCAACUCUGAAAUGAUCAAGCUGUACGACCUGAGAUCCUUUGACAAAGGCCCGUUUACCACUUUCCGUUUACAACAAGAUAAAGAUUGUGAUUGGACGUCAUUAAAGUUUAGUUCUGAUGGAAAACUUAUUUUAAUUGCCACGAACGGAACUGUGAUCAGAUUAAUUGAUGCGUUUCAUGGCCAACCCCUUCAAACAUUUAUGGGCCAUUUAAACACUAAAGGUCUUCCAUUAGAAGCAAGUUUUAGUCCAGAUGGGCAAUACGUGCUUUCAGGUUCUCAAGAUGGUAGAAUUCAUGUUUGGAACGCAGAAAACGGAAGUAAAACAGCAGUCCUUAAUGGUAGUCACCCUGGACCUUUGCAGUGCGUUAAAUUCAACCCACGGUAUAUGAUGCUAGCUUCAACAUGCACUAACAUGGCGUUCUGGCUCCCAUCUGUAGAAGAGUAAUGUCCUCGAAUCAAGUUGUAUGUAACUUAAGCUGAGGAUAUUAUGUGGUGGAUAGCAGGGCUAUGGUAAAGACUUUAAGACGUCGUUUUUGAUUUCUUGCGAGAAAUGUUUUAGAACAAAUUUGGAGCAGUGUUUCGUAUCAAACUGUAAAUUUAAACCUGCUUCUAGGUGUGUGAGAGCAGUAAUACACUUUCAUUUAUUGUUUUUUUAAAAUUUCUUUCGUUUUCUGCCAUCUCUUUGUACGCAAUCGUUGUUUUAUCUUGUAAUAAAAGAAAAAAACGGACACAA